AUGGCUGUUUUGUCGUGCAUCACAGACAGGCUGCAGCAGAUUCUCACCGGAGACAACACUCACGAUGUGGAGCAGGCCACGAUGGAGGUCUGGGACAAGGGAGUCUUCCUGAAUGAACUCCAGAGACAAGGGCUGGCGUUCACCACGGACAGAGACGGCAACGUCAGUGGGAACCUCGUGGCUACCAGGGGCCUCAAACAGGGAACCUACAAGGGCACUCGCCUAGCCCUGACUGAGCUUUACAACUUGAUUCAGGAAUUUGCCUGUUCUCAAUUCGACACCCUGGGUUUUGAACCCAUCAUUCCCCAGCGGCGAAGUCUGGAAAAGAAGCGGGAAAAGUAUCAAUGGAGCAAUCCGGCUGACGGAUAUCCUCCACAUCUGAGUGAGGUUCCCCAAGACCAAACGGAACAGGACCCAAAUGUUGGCCAUAUCUUCGACCAGAAGGAACUCGGGUCCGUCAGCAAGCUGGCCAUGGCCGCGAGUUUCAUCAUCCCGAAAGAUAUGCGCAAAGAGGACGGACCGUUCUUCGGACCUACCCUUGCCGCUGUCGAGUCGCACAAUCGCUCGCAUCCGAGCCCCAGCACAGACAUCAUGGACGGUAAGAACAUUGGCUUUCUGACGGAUUGGUUUAGCGACGCUCGGUUUGCGCAGCAGCACUUCAGUGGCGUCAAUCCCACCACCAUUGCCACUGCUCCCCACGCAAAGGUCAAGGAGUACGUGGUCGAGGCAGAGAGGCAGGGCCUCGAGGACGUGGCAAUGCUGCUGGAGGCGGGCAAAGACCUGCUCAUUCAGGACUACUCCUACUUCCGUGAGGCAACCGGCGUUGGUGACAGGGAGACGUUUGAGAAUAUCAUCCUGGACGAGCACAAGGAUGCAAGUAAAGCGAAGGCGUCCCGGUAUGGCUGCGCGUCCGUCAUCAUCUUCCAACUCCACGACGAUGGCCGCCUCCACCCCUUGGCCAUCACCAUCGACUACAAGGGCAGCCUCGACAAGUCCGUCACCCUCUUCAACCAGCGGCUGCACCCCGAUGACCGCGGGCUGGUUCCCGAGGCCGAGGACUGGCCAUGGAGGUACGCCAAAACCUGUGCGCAGUCGUCGGACUGGGCAAGACAUGAGAUUGCCGUGCACCUGGUCGACACGCACUUGGUUGAGGAGGUCAUCAUCGUUGCCACGAACCGGACCGUCCCCGAGGACCAUCUCUUGUACGAGCUCCUCAGCCCUCACUGGUUCAGAACUCUGGCAUUGAACAAGGCCGCCCGCGCGGUGCUGGUGCCCUUGGUCGUUGCCAGAAUCUCUGGCUUCGGACCAAGCACGGCGUACGAUUCUCCUGCAACCAACCGCUGCUUCAAGUUCAUCCAACACGCCUUCAGGAACUUCAACUUUGUCGACAAGUACAUCCCAAACGAUCUCAAGAAGCGCGGCUUCGACAUGGAGGGCAACACAACCUACAAAUACCGCAACUACCCGUACGCCACCGACAUGUUCCUCCUCUGGCACAUCAUCCGCGACUUUGUCCAGACGGUCCUGGGCACCAAGUACAAGACCUGCGCCGACGUCAGACAUGACCGCUACAUCGCUGACUGGUGCGUCGAGAUCCAGACAAAGGGUCAACUUGCCAGCUUCCCAACCAUUACAACCGUCGACGAGCUCGUCGACGCCGUCACCAUGUGCAUCCACAUUGCCUCCCCCCAGCACACGGCAGUCAACUACCUCCAAGACUACUAUUACAGCUUCGUUCCCUCCAAGCCGCCCGCCCUGUGCCGGCCUCUUCCCACCUCUCUCGAGCAGCUCACGGGAUACACGGAAACGGAACUUACCGAAGCUCUCCCCAUCGGCACCGAAGAUCCCAAGUGGAAGGACUGGCUGCUCGCCGCACAGCUGCCCGAGCUUCUCAGCUUCAAGGUCGACCAAAGGUACAACCUGUUGACGUAUGCAAAGUCACUGUACAAUGUGAACAAGGACAGGACGGAGAGAGAGAACGAGAGGCCUGACCACGAGGUGAUGAAGGAGGCGGCCGCCAAGUUUUACAGCCAGCUGAAGAACUGCGAGUUUCUGUUCAAGAUGGUUUCCGAGCUCCAGACGCCGGGAGCCAUUGAGUACAAGGUUUUGCAGCCCGAGUACUCGGCUGUUUCGAUUUUGAUCUGA